UGUUUUAACUUUGAAAAACAUUCUUCCUGCCCUCUCACUUGGAUACGUUAUUAUUCGACUGACUUCCACCUUGAAGAAAAGUACACUUGUUUACUUGCAACUAUGACAAAGUUUAAGCACCGUGGCAGAAGACUAAGGGUAAAGAGAAGCCGUUGGGCACAGAAGAAAAAGCCUGCUGUUAAGCCUCAAUUACCUGCUCAGAAAGCUGCUCGUAGUUUGAAUAUACCAGCUACUUCAGAAGAAGCACCAGACUCAUCUGAAACCCUUUGUCCUACCAAUCCACAGUUAACUGCUCUAGUCCUAAGACGUGCAUUUACGGUUGCUGUACCUACUGUAAAGCAAGCAAUUAAACAUUUUGCGAGGAUGGUCUUCACUUUGUUUUGGCGGUGGCAGAACGUCAUGGUACAGGGCUUGUGGUUUGUAACUAAUGCAGCAUUUCCUUCUCGAAUCUACCUACGGGAGCUGGUUAUAGUCAGACAGUUGGUGGAGAGACAGAAGUCUGACAUAUCUGAAUUACAGGGUACUGUGCAACAACUACAAAUGAACAUGUCAAAGCUGCAAGAGAGUAAACAGGUAGACACACUGGUUUUGGCAGCACCAGAAACCGUGGACUGUCGAGUAUGUUGUCAUUCCAUCUGCAGGGCUACCGUGUGUCCUGGUAUGUCUGUCCAGCAAAGUGAGAGGCUCCCGGAACAACCCUUGGCUCCCCCUGUUGUAAUGCUUCCACCACCACCACCACCACCACCACCACCUCCUCCUCCUCCUCUUCCUCCUCCUCCAGUGCCUGUUAUAAGACCAUUACAGCUGCUGAAGAAAUCCCAGAGUGCCAAACAGAUAUCAGACCCUCCAAAAUUGGAAGGACCUUUGACUAUUACACUUAAAGAUUUGCAUAACGUGAGACUGAGAAAAACAAGCAGUUUCACAGACACAAAAAUGAUUUCAGCCCCUUCAAGAUUAGAAGGACCUUUGACUGUUACUCUUAAAGAUUUACAUGAUGUAAGACUGAGGAAAACUAGUAGUUUCACAGAAACAAAAAUGGUGGUAUCACCAGAGAAGAAACGUGCUCCACUUAUCAGCGUUUUGGACUUGCAAAGUGUUAAUUUGAGAUCAAAGGUCAAUCUGGAACAAAAAUCUGAAAAUACCCUAACCAGAACAAGUCCCAGAAAUGGAUCAUUUGAUUUACGAAAGCGUUUAAAAAAGUUGAACAUAGAAAGGAGUCCUGGUGGAACCCCAUUGUAUGGCAAAGAAAACAAGGAAUCUGGAACAGGCUUAACACCAAUAAUGACUGAAGCAUUGAGACGUAAAUUUGAGAUGGCAAAUCCUAAGUCUCCUUCCUCAACUCCACUACCCCAUGAAAGUCGAAGUUUCGAUUAAAUAAAUUAAAUGCAUAUACUAUACGCUGGUGAAGCUGCAAUACACUGCAUGGGGUGCAAGCUGGAAAUUUUUCAUGCCUUAGAUGCACCUCUGAUGAAUUUCAGGACCAAAGCUCUGGAAAAAUGUCACAAGAAGAUAUAAACGUGCAAGUUUAUACACCUCUUUGCGCUUCAUUUUUGUAAUAAAACUGUUACUUCUAAAACAAGUCCAAGCUGUUCUGUUGUGUACAAAGUCUGUACCUUCUCAUCUCAUUGUGGUUCCAUCAGACUGUAGUGACAGCCUGUCAGAAGUUCAUGCAGUAGUGCUUCCCUAAGAGAAGGAAAGCAAAAGUAACAGAGAAGAGAGAAGGACAGAUAAAUGCAGAAGUUUAAAAACAGGAUGCAAAGGUAAAUGGAAAAACUGCUGUGGAAAAUUACUGUUUGCCACAGGAUGAUCAUUGCUGGAUUUGCAACAAGAGGAUCAUUGCUGGACAGCUGGGAAGUAUUGCUGUGGCUAUUUUUGAAAUGAAUACGGAAUACAGCUAUCAUAUAUAACAAGAUUGCUAUAAGAGAAAAUUGACAAUGGCUUUAAAAUAGAAAAGAAAAAUGGUUUGCCAUUGAUGCUGUAUUAGUAUAAUUUUUCUCCAUGCAACUGCUUCCAUUCCUCAUUAUUGCAUACAUUUUCCUUGACUGCUUAAAAAUCACUUGUAGUGAUGCCUGUCUAAAAGAGAGCAUUUUUUUCCUUACAGAGAACAAUUAGCUUUUCGUGCAGAAUGUGUCUGUGGAGUGAUUCACUCCAAGUGGAUGAUGGUUUCUAAUAUCUGGCAGUCCUGCCAGAAAAUAAUUAAAGGGAACCUGAUGAAGGAUAUGACAAGUGAUUUUUUUUAUAUCUUUUUUGUCUAUUAUUACCAUCUAUUUUAAGUAAUGGACUUGUGUUUUAUCUGGGAGACAAAAUAUUAAUCUUCUUUUAAAGUACCUUUAAACAAUUUAUGAUGGGUGGGACUGAUUACAGCUUAGAAUUUUAAUUUAUAUAUUUUUUUAAUUAAAAACAAUACUUAAUAUUUGAAAGAAAAUUGCAAUUGUUUACAUUGCCAACAGUGAGAUGUGGCGUCGUGCUUCAAAACUUACUGCACUUUUACAUAAUUUAUACAGCUAAACCAGCGUUAAUUGUAGAGUGCCAAAACAGACAAAUGCUGAUGUGCACAGAAAAGUUAUAGAAUGGUAGUCAUUGUAAAGCACACAGCAUGUGUCUGAUAGUUUACAAGAACUUCUCUGUUUGUGUCAGCUUGGGAUGUAGACAUGUUUAUGCCAACUAGAACUUUGCACCUUAAGUUAUACUACAAGACUUUUUUUUUUUUAUAUAUUUCCUUCCCUAUGUAGCUUGCUGCUUUGCAUUACUGUGUCUAACUGUGCUGAAAAGCAUUGUGUUUUACUAAUGGUAAAAUGCAGGGCAAUAUAAUGUUAAGCAGUUAUUAGAUGGGAAGAUAGUAUACUUGAAACUUUUUUUCGUGUUAUGUCUUUUAAUAACAACUCUAUACCUGGUAGUGGCCUUUGUUUGCUUAGUUUCCUCAUAUCCUUGUCUCUUUUCUCCUCUUAACUAAUUUAUAUUAUUUUAACCCUUCAAAGGCCUUGCCUGAUGGCUACGUUAGGGUCUAGGGAGCAAGGCAUUCCCAGGCUGUGUAAGAGCUCUGCAGUCUAUUUCUUCCCACUCAGCAAACCCAGUCAGCCCUUCUGCUCCCUGACAAGAGUUGUUGAUAGGAAGAUGGCCCACACUCUCCUGACUGGGAACACCUUCCUCCCACUGGUGGCUCCUCCAAGCCUGCUGCUACUGCUGUCCCAGAGGGUAAAUGUGCCUCCACACACCAGAUUCCCAUCAGCUUUACUUAUGCUAAUCACAAUGACAGCAGAGGUUUGAUUGUCUCAAUCCUGGUAGGUGUCCUCAUUGUGGUGAGCCAGAGCCCUCACUCCCAUCCUCCCCCAGCUCACUCUUACCGGCAUGUGAGCCACUACUUGGAAUGGGAUUACCUACAGCAUAGUAAGGGCUUUAUCUCUGUCUUGUCACUGAGCUGGCUUACCUUGUUUCCUUUCUGGUAUUCACAAAAGUAUGUCACAAACCCCUGCAUCCUAUGAAAAGAAAAAUGGAAUCUGUGGCUUUAACAACUUUUGACCAGUAGCCAUCUGCAGGUAUAGGGAGUUAGAGACACUUCGUCACAACAGUGGUCCAUCUUUGUAUAAUGUGUGCAUUUCUUUUGAAAAACAGAUGUUUACACAGGGUGUCAAGGCAGUGAAUGUUAGUAUCUGUUUCAUAUUUAAGUUAUGUACCAUAGUUUUUCUGUAGAGGAUGGUUUUCAAGCUCUGCUUCAUGUUUUGUAGCAUUUUUUUAGACUGUUACGUAUUUUUACACAUUGCUUAAGCUAGAUUUAAAAAUAUGCAAUAAACUUUGGAAUCUGUU